AUGGAUAAUACUUCCUUGCACUCUGGUUAUAACACCCCACUUCUACGAUAUUGGCAAUCUGCCUCCUGUACCGUUACAAAAGAUAACCUGAUCUACCCCAUUUUUGUAAGCUCAGACGAUGAUGCUGAUAACGCAAUUCCUGGUCUUCCAGACCAAAAACACAUUGGCCUGAACAAUCUCGUUAAAAAUCUCCAACCACUGGUUGAGAAAGGACUUAAAUGCGUGCUUAUUUUCGGAGUUGUUGAGGACUGCGUGAAGGAUGAGAGGGGUUCAGCUGCUGACUAUGGUAGGAGUCCCGUUAUUGGAGCACUGAAACUCCUCCGGGCCCAAUUGCCCUCGCUCAUUCUUGCCUGUGAUGUUUGUCUGUGCACUUACACGAAUUCGCAUCAUUGCUAUAUUCCAAAUGCUCACGGUGAAAUGGAUGUGGAAAGAACUGUCAAUAGAUUGGCUGAAAUUUCACUAAAUUACGCUAAAGCAGGGGCUCAUGUUAUUGCCCCAUCGGAUAUGUCUGAAGGUAGGAUUUUGGCCAUCAAACAAAUUCUCCAAAAGAGUGGCUUCUCACGCACUGUCUCCGUCAUGUCCUACGCUGCCAAAUUUGCCUCCAGUUUCUACGGCCCAUUCAGAGUGGCAGCUGGUUCUGGAGAUGGACACACCGAUCGAAAAUCCUAUCAACUGCCCCCAGGAGCGGCUGGUCUUGCUGUUCGCACUGCUAUUCGUGAUGCCAAUGAGGGCGCCGACAUAAUUAUGGUCAAACCCGGUCUUGUCUAUCUCGAUGUGAUUGCAAGUAUUCGACGUGAACUUCCGUAUCACCCUCUAGCAGUAUACCACGUCUCCGGUGAGUACGCCAUGCUUAAAGCCGGUGCAGAUGCAGGUUUCAUUGAUUUAAAAUCGGCAGCUCUUGAAAUUCUUCUUUCCUUCCGUCGUGCUGGUGCCUCGAUUAUUAUUACUUACCUGACACCGUAUCUCUUGGAUCUCGACCUUAACGAUGUGUUCAACUGA